AUAGCCAGCCGGCUUGUCAUCAACCAACCAACCAGACAUCAACUCAAAAUGAAUUACACAGAAAAUCCCCUCCGCUUUCCCUCCGGACCUCCCCCGCUCUCACCACCGGGUUCAUCCCCCUCUUCCACAUUUCAAGGCUUCUUCAACUUUGCACCGCCCUUCCCCUCAGCCACGCCUUUCGGGGAAACAUCAGCUUCACCUCCCCGAUCGCAGGAACUCCAGCAGCAGCAGCAGCAAGCUCUACCCAUCCCGCAGUCUCGUCAAAUACAUAGGAACCGAAUCUCAUACUCCUGUCAUGCUUGCCGUAGGCGCAAAGUCAAGUGCGAUCGCCAACAUCCCAUUUGCGGGAAUUGUAGUAGGACAUCCGACGUUUGCCUCUACGACGACCAUAGCAACAAGAAGAAGGGAUCCAGGAGCGGUGUCCAACAGCCUCAGAGCAGCACGAACCCACUGCGGACGAAACGUCAGAGGACCGGAGAAGACUCCGAAGACGCGGAAACAAGUGAAGACUACUCAGCAGCGGGAAUCACGGCCACCAUCAAUGGCCCCGAAUUCACGUCUUCCAGCCCGGGGAGGCCGGAAGACUUGGAGGCUCGGAUGAACAAACUCGCCGAGGUCGUCGAUAAGUGGUACAAGGAUGCGUAUGGUCGAGGGAUCAUACCGCCUGUGGCGCGACAGCAGGCUGCCAGCGCUGGAGCUAACGGCCCCGACACAAGGAGCACAUUUAAGGGGACCUUGGGGACAGUUCCGGCGCCCGAAAGCCUCGUUCCCCAGGAGCAGGGUAUCCUGGACAACAUGAGAAAACUCGCUCACUCGAUCGGUGGUCCUAGGAGUUCCCCGGGCCCUUCGGUCUCGUGCUCCUCCGUAUCUUCGCCCCAUUCACUAUGCUCACAAAACACUGUCACAACACCUGGGAGUAGUGCUAGCGGGAAUCCCCAGCAAGCCCCCGCAGUUGAAAAUACAGGUGGAGCAACACAUUCCCCCGAGAAACUGACGAGGGGCCAGCUCGCUAUGAAGCUGCUGGACGAAGAAAUUGAGGCUGCAAGAGCGAAAGGCGGCAUAAGCGACAGUAUAGAUGAUCUAGGAUUAGGCCAUUUGAGUAUCCAGGGUCGUGGGAGGAGUCGAUAUGUUGGCAGCAGCUUUUGGGCCUCCAUAAGCAAUGAGGUAACACAACACAAGCAAUCCUAGUAGCGUUUCCUCCCUUUGCAUAGAUCGUUCACUAAUGGUCAACCCAAGAUCGCCGAGCUUAAUGAGGUUUUGCGUGCCAACGAGCCGCCCAACACGAGAUGUCCCGGCGGAAGACCGGCAGAAGAGAUGAUUAAUCUUCUGGAGAAACCUCGAAGCUCCACUGCUUCCGAGGCCACUUCCAAAUCGACCGCAUCAGGCGGAACGGUAGCAGGUGCGCCAAACUUUUGUGGGCUAUCUCAGUUUGAUAAAUCUUCCCUUCUACAAUUUGAACCUCGCGAAAGCGGAGAGAAUCCAGUUGAGAUCAUACCUCUAAUCCUAAGGGACCUUCCGGACAAGCCUGUGUGCGAUAUUAUGUACAAGGCCUUUUUGAAUGGAGUACACCCCAUAAUGCCCCUUAUCCACGUUCCGACAUUUGCAAAAGAAUAUAACGCUUUCUGGGCAUGGUUCCCAAACAAUAUCCGCUCCAUUCCAGAUCCAGCACUCACCGAAAACCAUGGGUUUUUCCCAUUACUUUUGUCAGUCCUCUACGCAGGAUCGAUGUCGCUGCCUGCCAAGGUCGUUGGAAAACUUCUCCCUGGCCAAACGAAGAUGCAGGUGAACAAAAACCUCUAUUCGGGAUCAAUGCAUGCUUUAUCGGCCUCUUGUUUCCCUAGAACUCCGACUAUCAAUUCGCUCAUCGCUUUUCUCAUCACCCAGACGUGUCUCAUCCGGGAAGAAGAGCCAUUGACCUCUUGCUCGUUUAUUGGCAUGGCUAUGCGUGUUGCGCAGUCUAUGGGGCUCCAUCGCGACGGCAGCCUGUUUGGCUUGAACGAGAUUGAAUGCGAGGUUCGUCGGCGUGUCUGGUGGCACAUUGUUUAUCUGGAUGUUCAGGGAGCUAUCGCAACCGGACUUCCACCACUGGGGGGGAGUGGGGAAGGACUGUUUGACACAAAGAUGGUUAGUGAGGUUAGGGAUGAAUAUAUUGGACUUACGCCUGAGGAACGUAGGAAGGCUACAGAAGCCGCAGCCGUGGCUGCCGUUACCGCUGCGGCGGGGCCGCAGACGGUGGGGUGUCGUAUGGCCCAUACCUGCAGGGCGUUUCUGGAUGAACACCCAAAUAGCCCUGCAAUGAUUCUCGCUGCCGGCAGGUAUGACGCGACGAUUGUCCUAAGAAAGGUUAUCAUUCAGCUUUUCUCGACAAGGCCGCCGCGGAAGGCAGAUCUUUUGGAAAUGGGAGGAGCAAUUUUCGAACUGAAGCUUAGACUAGAGGAUCGAAUCGCGAGGAUCCCAGCUAGGGGAAUACCAGAAAUGGGGUUCACUCCUCCUCACGACCCCGAGUUUUAUGAGCUUAUAGGGCACGAUGAAAGCCUUUUUGAUACUGAAAAGGCAAUUGUUUUUAAUGGCUGGGCUAGGAUCAUGUUGAGUAUGUUUGCGGAUAGAACCUUCGGCGUCUUCUACCAAUCAUUUUUGAAGAGUUCCAAGAGCAAACUGUGGGAUCAUGCUAGACACUGGUAGGGUCUAAUUCCUAAUUGAGAUGAACAUGGCUAAAGAGUAGGUAGUGCGUUGCAUUUUUGCAUCUCUUUCCUCCAAAAGUUUGUACAUGUUUCGAAAAACCCACUCUUCCAACCAUAUCAGUGGUUCUGUCCUGGCACCUUUCAACCCCUUCAUGCUACCAUGUUAUUGCUUAUAGAUCUCCACGAAAGGCCCCACAGUGCUGAAGCUCCGCAGAGCCGGAGGUUUGUGGACGAAAUAUUUGCCCUCUUUGGCGAAGAUGGGAACUCUUUAUUAGAUGCGGCUGGGGGUAAUCGACCGCUCUUGGAGGGAGGGAGCUUGACAUGGAAAAUGUUGGCCAGGUUGAGAAAGAAAGCCUACGAGAGGGCCGGUAUAAAAAUCCGUAAGCCUGCAGAGAGAGGAGAGGAAGAGGGCACAGCAACGCCAACCGCUCCUGCAAAGACGAGGGGUAUAUCGGAGCGCAAUCGACCCAUGAAUGUGGACACAUGUGCGGUUCCUGUCGCCAAUGGCCCAGGAGGAAGGUCCCCCGGGUCCAACGUAUUACCGCCCGUCGAUGUACCAACGGGUGGGUUCGAAGAAAUGUUGUUCAUAACGGAUAACAUCGUCACUGGGACCGGGCGAUACAAAGACAGUACGGAGGCUGCAAUGAAGAUUUGGGAGGCGAUGGCUGCUGCGGGCAUCGCUGUAGACAACGAUUCUCCUAUGGAUCCUGGUAUGCCGACACCGCCUCUGAUGGAAGCGCCUACGGGGGAACUGCCUAUGGGUAUUCCUGCUGGCGAUGUGGCCGGGAUUGGGGUAGACGAUGCUAUGGAUUUUGACUGGGAAGAAUGGGAUGCUGUGUUUGGAAGGUUCACCGCGAUUGAGGGGGUUUCAAGUGAUAUGCCAUUGCAGCGAGGACCUGGGUAGUGCCCUUUUUUAUACAUAUAUCAUAUAUUUUUGUGUUUGUUGUUUAUUUUGAAAAUACGCCGUUGUUCGGGUCAUGUGAAUUGGACUUUUGGUGUUUUCAUUCAGGUUUCGGAGAGGUGUCAUGGUCUUGAUUUCACGGCGCCCAGCUCGUGCGGGAGGGAUAUGUAUUGCAACUUAAUUUUAGGUUUUGAGAGUUAUCACAGCUU